AUGCAUUUAUUGAAAGAGAACAGAUUUAUCUUUAAAGUGACAGCAGACCUGGAAACUCUAACACCAGUGAUGAGGAUCGUAGAGAAACAUGGAAAACAAAUGCUGUUGUGUAAUGUUUCCGGACUUGAAAUGGACUCAAUCUACUUUCUGGAAAAUAGUAAACAUGUUGCCGAAGUUUCAUAUAAGUUCAAUAACUGCACUGUUAAAACUUUAAUGAACAGUUUGCACUGUCUAUGCUCUGCCGAUUCAGUUAUUGCUUGCGAUUUAGCAAAUAACGAGUACCAAUCUUAUUGUUACACUUGGAGGUGUGCUGCAAUACACGAGGGCAUUUUAGCGGAAAGUAAUUCGGUGGAUGUGUGCAUGCAUGUCGAAAACAACAACUCAACGAAGACGACAUCAGAUUGUUCAGCCGAUUCAACUAAUCGGUCAAUGGAUAUUGUUAGAUGGGUUGUAGAUGAGAUACAUUAUUUAGAUACAGGAAUAUUAUUUCCAACGGAAUUGUACAAUUCAGAAAAUAUAAGUUCCCUGAUACACUCAGUUGAAAGAGAAGAUAAUGGCUCUAUUCUCGUAUGCAAAGUUAAAGCAGAGGACCAACUGGAAUGGAACAUAAAAAUACUCUAUCCACCAGCACUAUGUUCUGCGUAUGUUUCCAUUCAUUCAACGAAUCAAACAUGUAAAUUGGCAAACGGUAACCCGUUAAUAGAAGUCGUCAGGGCGGACAAUGAGUCGUCAAAGUGUCUGUUAGGUUCAAAGAUUUUAAAACCUGAAGCGUUAAAGCUUUGUGAUGCUGUUAAUAGGGCAGACCUAGGAGCUAAAUAUUUUGUAGGCAAUGAAACCGACCUCUUCAAGUUGGACAUCCUUUCUGCUCCAGAGAAAAUAAAUGAACCGAAAGACGGGGCGCACAUUUGUAAUCAUCAUCUUUGUUCAGAAGGCAUCAUUUAUAGCGUUGUUAAGAAGAAACGAUCUGACGACACCACAUUUGGCAUUACACACAAUAGCCAAAACGGCAGCACCGACAAUAAUGACAGCACACACUCGAGUUCAAAUGACUGCGCUUACAGCGUUGUCAAACGAAAGAAAAAGUCUGAUAAAAAUGUAGAUGAUGUACAAACAAAAACAUUAUCAGAUGACUGCACAUACAGCGUUGUGACGAAAAAAAGACGACCCGACAACUCAACAUUACUGGUCGGUAAGAAGCGAAAUAUAAAGGAAAGAACUGACUGUAGCGCCGAGAAAAUUGUCAAUGCAGCAACUGACAGUACAUACAGCUUUGUCAACACAUUUAACAAACCGGGCCAAUUAUCGGAGAAUGCCGCCAAUAAGGAUGAUAUGCCAAUAGACUACAUAUACAGUUUCGUCAACAAAAAGAACAUAACAGACGAUGCAAACAACAGUAUAAUGCAUACAACGACAGACAUUAUUACAGAUGAGUGCGCAAUUGAAAAGACGUCGUGAGAAGAGAACUGCGAAGGUUAUUUAUACAGCGUGGUAAAGAAGAAGCGUGGAGAAAAGGGUUCGAGUAAUAUCAAAUAG